GAUAACAGGAAGAAGAAGUAGAAGAAGAAGAAGAAGCAGAGCGUUGCGCGGGUUGUUUGACUGUUUGCUAACAGCUACAGUUUGCAGCAGGAAAUCAGUCACCGCCGUCUGUUUCAUCAACACGGACCUGAGUUCUUCUCCACGGCUGCUCGCUCCACACUGAGGCGGCGAUGGAGUCCACAGAGAGCAGAUUCGCUCACCUGCUGCAGCCAAUCAGAGAGCUGACGAAGAACUGGGAGAUUGACGUGGCGUCAGAGUUAAACGACUAUUUAGAAGAGUUGGACGAUAUGUGCAUCACGUUCGAUGGAGGGAAAACCAGACUGAACUUUGCCGAGGCGGCGCUGCUGAUCCAGGGCACGGCCUGCAUCUACAGCAAGAAGGUGGAGCUCCUGCACAGCCUGGUUUACCAAACUCUGGAGUACAUCAACGACAAAAAUAAGAAACGGAACAAAGAGAGGGCGGCGUCUCAGGAGGGCGACGCAGACGGAGCGGAGGGGGACGCUGAUGAUGAGAAUGUGUUCACUCCUCUGGAUAUUGACGUCUCAGAGGACUCCCAGAAGUCUGACUCCAACAUGAGCGUGAGCGUUGCUCCUCUUCCUCCUGAGUCUCUGAUUCCUCCUGAAACCAGCGAGAAGAACAAACUCCCUCUCAUCAGUGUGAAAGGUGACGUCCUGUGCAGUCUGAAGGACUUCAGGAUGAACCUCUUUAUCCCUGGAGACGAUGCCAUGAUCCUCCUCACAACUGGAUCAGCUGCGGCCAGGUUGCUGGUUGACAGUUAUCUUCUUCCUGUCGACUCUCUGCAGGAGCAGCAGCAGCAGAACGGAGAUGUUGUCGAUGCUGCGGGGGCUGAUGUUGCAGAUAUCGGAGGUGAUGAUGACGAUGCUGCUGCUGCAGAGAACUUCCUGCCUAUAGAUAUGGACAACAUGGAGCUGGACCAGGACCACCCAGAGGAGCACGUGGACAGACACCAGGCUCCGAGUGACGGCAGGAUGAUCCGAGAGAGACGGCAGGUCGAGGCCAACAAAGUGAUGAGGGAGGAGACGCCUGCUGUGAACGUGUGGGCGCUCCACGACCCGUACGCCGUCAUCGGGGAGGACAAACCCUUGAAACCAGGAAAAUGCUACAAGGUUCCCGACGGUCUGGACGAUGGCGGUAAGAGGAAGAGGAGACGACCUGGUGCACUUCAGGACUUCAGGAGCUGGUUCAGAGGAACCUUCGAUCCUCCUGAGCACAAGUUAAAAAGUGGACCCAAGUUUGCAGACCUGAACUACAUUUAUUUGAGCUCAAUCAGAGAUAGGCUGAGGACACGAAAGAGGAUCAACAAGAAGAAGGGUGUGGUGGUCUCUGAUGAAGAACUGAUGAGGACCUACCUGCAGCCAGAGGAGGCGGGGCCAGAGCAGCAGGGGGAGGAGCCUGUGGAUGGUUUCAGACACCCCGACCUGCUGGGUGGUGACGAUGACAACUCGGACAACGAACAGGCUGCGUUUCCUGACGACCUCCCAGCUGAGUUUGGUGGAGGACCAGACUUCAUAUCGCCAGACGCUGAGAGAGACGAGCUGAGUUAUGAAGAUCUGGUGAAGCUGCGUGUGGAGCAGCUGGUGGUGAACAGCCAAAGCUACACUCAGGAGACGGCUCUGUCUCGAAGAGUCAAAGAGUGGGAGGACAAGAUAUGCCCUGUGCUGGCGCAACAGGAGGAGCGUCCGGUGUUUGACAUCCACGAUUAUGGCGACAGGAUCGUGGGAGCGCUGAACAGCGUGGGGCAGCGCAGAUCUUUCGCCUCCAUCGUGGCGGGUUUGGACAACGUUGAAGCUUCUAAAUAUCUGCUGGCUUCACUGCAGCUGGCCAACGACCACACGGUGGAGGUGGACAGUGCUGCCGGUCUGGAGGAGAGCCUGGACACGAUGGGACUGACGCUGCUCAGCACCGACAGAGCCACAGACAGAUUCAAAUGUCUGGCGCCCUGAAACUCUGUGAGCUCAUGACAUCAUCACCUCAUGCGUCAGUAAAGAUAAAAUACACGGCUUAUUUACUUCUUCAGUUUUCUCUAAGGACCUUCUUUGUCUGUCUGAUGAACUGUGUCUCUUUUGAUUCAGUUAAUAAUUGAAUCAUGAUCUGUCUAUAAAAGCUCGUCUCUGAUGAUAUAAUAUUUUUCCCAUCGUCAUUUAUAUUUGUAAUAAACACUGUCUGUUGAAUUUGAGCAGAAA